AUGGCGUCGUGCGAUGAUUCCGAUCAAGAAAAGAAAGACUUGUUGGAAGUGGGAAGCACACCUCGUACUUUGAUGGCAGGCGUAGUCGAAAAAAGUGCGGGAUCUUCACUACCUCUCGCCUCAACUCUGAUUUCUUCCGAAUAUGAUGUUCCGAAUAUUCAUACCGAGGACAAAGGAAAAUCGCCAUGUUUCCAAAAGGCUCAAACAGUCAUAGAUGAAGAUGAGAGUUUAGAGAUUAAGUCAACAGGAAAUUAUGAAGAAAAAUUUCACGUGGAUCAUCAGCGAAUUGAUUCUGAUAUACUGCCUCAAAACAACACCACGACGGCGCAAUCUUGUGGUCUGACUACAGAUACACUCGAAGCGGCAUCAAAAGGUCAAGAUGAAACCUUAGUCACAGUACCUAUUGCGAAGUUACAGCGAUUGGUAGAAUACUGCAUACAAGUUUUACAUGAAAGCCGAAAAACAAUCAAAAGCGCUCAAAUAGACCAAGAGAGGAAUAGCACGGAAGUAGUACAUGAUAAUUCUCAACUUUGA